UUCUUCAAAACCUAGAUAUAUCUCUCAACUCAGCCACAUAAAGAAAUAUCCGAACGAUAUAUUAAAGACAACCCCAUUUCACUCCAUCAUUUUCUUGUACUUAUACCUUGACCUGUUAUCCCUGCCCGGCUUCCAAUCUUCUCUGCCGCUACAAGCGGGGAAGUUAGAAGAUCUACCGGGCGAGCAAAAAGGUAAAUACAGACUUCUCAAAGUCACUUGCAUCUCUUUCAAUUAAGCCUCUUCACCGCUUCUGUGAACGCUACCCCUACUCCCCGAACUGCCUUCAAACGACUGCUUGAUUUUAAUUCGAUCCGGAAUCUAUGAUUCCAACCAAAUACGCCAUCUGCCGCGAACUGAUCCACUAUUUGGGUCUUCAAGGUACCCGACACCAUGGAUAUGGUAUAUGUAUCUAUCUGCAAGGUUUUGGGUAGUCUUCAGGGCCGACCAUGCUAUUUCUCGUAACAUCAUCCGAACUAUUCCUCCCCCCUCAACCUAACUCCACGUAUAUGCAAGCCACCCCAGUUUCGUCAACCGGUGUUCAUAUUGAUUGGUGGGUGCCUAAGCGGGUAAUCACUUUUCUCGAUUCUGCUAUUUGACCAGGAUUCAACAUGUUCCGCCCUGUUAUUCAUCGCUUAUUCCUUGAUGUGGCAUUAAGCAAGAGACUGUUUUGCCUUGUAGGCUUGCCUUGCCUGUGUCUUACCGGGAAGUUGCCAUCUCCGCUUCUCGUCUAUCCGGUGUCCAAGGGCUCUUUGCAUAUUAAUAUGGACUUGCCACCCGAAGCUUUAUAUCCAUCGCAUCCCCCGACCCUCAUAGCUUUUGACACUAAAACUUCACAACUACUAUCAAUCAAGUCAUCAACCAACAAUUCCAUACAGAGCUAA